CUACAAGUACUAGCAACUUCUUUAGGACUACAACUCCCGACGACACCCCACAGUGUACAGUUGUCACGGGCGACAGCAGGGAAGCUACAUCCUCCAUGCUACAUCUCGGACGAAACGCUUCGAAACAGACGCCAUGUUUAUCUACCUCAGCAAAAAGAUGGCCAGCCCCAACAGUACUCCCUUAAAAUGUAUCUCCUGGAACAAAGACCAAGGCCUUAUUGCCUAUGGAGGGGAUGAUGGUCUUCUAAAAGUGCUAAAACUUGAAAUUCAGACAGAUGAAGCCAAACUUAAAGGUGCUGUACCCAGUAAUUUGUCAAUUAACCAGACACUGGGGGGACACAGUGGUGCAGUACAAGUGGUUACAUGGAACGAACAAUAUGAAAAACUGACAAGCAGCGACCAGAACGGACUCAUCAUUGUAUGGAUGCUCCACAAAGGUACGUGGUACGAGGAGAUGAUAAACAACAGGAACAAGUCUGUUGUGAGGAGCAUGAGUUGGAAUGCUGACGGCCAAAAGAUAUGCAUUGUGUAUGAAGAUGGUGCAGUCAUUGUUGGAUCUGUCGAUGGUAACCGGAUUUGGGGAAAGGAGCUGAAGGGAAAUCAGCUGGCUCAUGUGGCAUGGUCUCCAGACAGCAAAAUCCUGCUCUUUGGCAUGGCCAAUGGGGAAGUGCAAAUCUUUGAUAAUCAUGGCAAUUUCAUAAUGAAACUGACCAUCAGCUGCCUAACUAAUUUGACUGGAGCUGUCAGGAUUGCUGGUAUUCACUGGUAUGCAGGAACAGGCGGUUACAUAGAACCUGACUGCCCGUGUCUUGCUAUUUGUUUUCAAAAUGGAAGAUGUCAAAUUAUGCGUUACGAGACCGAUGAAAACCCAGUAUGCAUUGACACCUCAAUGAAUGUCGUCAGUAUUCAGUGGAACCAUUGUGGUAGUGUGAUUGCGGUGGCUGGUUCCCUCAGACCAUCAAAUUCAGAUGUAGAAAUCAAUGUGGUGCAGUUCUACACACCAUUUGGAGAGCACUUGAGAACCUUGAAAGUUCCUGGGAAGCAGAUGACAGGACUUGCCUGGGAAGGUGGAGGUUUGCGUAUCAGCUUGGCUGUCGACUCCUACAUUUAUUUUGCCAAAAUCAUACCAGAUUACAAGUGGGGAUACUGUUGCAGUACAGUGGUGUACGCUUUCACUAAGCCAGAGCGCCAGGAUUACUGUGUGAUCUUCUGGGAUACCAAAAACAACGAAAAGUUUGUCAAGUAUGUGAAGAGCUUAAUGUCAAUUACGACUUCAGGGGACUUCUGUACUUUGGCUAGUAAGGCUGAUGACACCCAGCCUCAGGGAAAUGCUGAGUUAGAGUCUGGGAGUCAUGCAAAGUAUGUCCUCAUUCUGUGCAACUCAAUUGGUACUCCACUGGACUCAAAGUACAUCGACAUAAGUCCUCUGUUUGUCACCAUGACCAGAACACAUGUGAUCACUGCAUCCAAAGAAGCGUUCUACUUGUGGCAGUACAGAGUGGCAAAUAAAUUAACUGCACUGGAGAUUAACCAAGUAACCAAAACAAAGAAGGAGGGAAGAGAAAGGGUGUAUCACAUUGACAGCAGUCCAACUGGAGUCAAUGAGAAUGGAACAGACUUCACAAAUGCCUUCACAGCAACAAGAGAUCCUAUCUGUUGUAUUACAGCCACGGAUAAAACAUUAGUUGUGGGCCGGGAAUCGGGUAGCCUCCACAGAUACAGCCUGCCAAAUGUUGUUCUCAUACAGAGAUACACAAUGAACAGAGCCCACCAUCUCUCUUUGAACUGUAACUCCAGUCGUCUGGCCAUUAUUGACAUCUCAGGUGUGCUGACUUUGUUGGACAUAGAAGUUCAUUCAUCCUCAGGUGACACCGUGGGCAGUCAGGCUUUUAUAGGGGAUUCAUCAAAGCUUGAACGUAAGGAUGUUUGGGACAUGAAAUGGGCAAAGGACAACCCUGAUCUGUUCUGCAUGAUGGAGAAAACAAGGAUGUAUGUCUUCAGGAAUCUAGACCCCGAAGAACCCAUACAAACAUCAGGAUAUAUAUGCAACUUUGAAGACCUUGAAAUCAGAUCUGUCCUGCUUGAUGAAAUCAUGAAGGACCCAGAGAGGCCUAAUAAAGACAACAUGAUCAACUUUGAAAUCCGUUCCUUGAGAGAUAGCCGUGCUCUCAUUGAAAAAGUGGGAAUCCCAGACGCUUCACAGUUCAUUGAGGACAAUCCCCAUCCGAGACUUUGGCGACUGCUCGCUGAGGCAGCUCUCCAAAAACUGGAUUUAAGGACCGCUGAGCAGGCAUUUGUCCGCUGCAAAGACAACCAGGGCAUAGAGUUUGUCAAGCGUCUGGGAAACUUGCAGAGCGAGCCCAUGAAGCAGGCAGAGGUGGCAGCCUACUUUAGCAUGUUUGAAGAAGCCGAGCGGAUGUACUUGGACAUGGACCGCAGGGACCUCGCCAUUAGUCUUCGAAUGAAGCUUGGAGACUGGUUCCGGGUGCUCCAGCUACUUAAAACUGGCUCUGGGGACUGUGAUGAUGCUUUACUGGAGCAGGCCUACAAUGCAAUAGGAGACUACUUUGCUGACAGACAGAAGUGGGUCAAUGCGGUGCAAUACUACCAUCAGGGCCGCCACCAAGAGAAGCUGGCAGAAUGUUAUUAUAUGUUGGAGGACUAUGACAACCUUGAGAAGCUGACCAACUCACUCCCAGAAAACCACACACUUUUGCCAGAGAUUGGCCAGAUGUUUACUACUGUGGGCAUGUGCGAACAGGCUGUGAAUGCCUACCUUAAAUGCAACCAGCCCAAAGCGGCUGUUGACACGUGUGUCCAUCUGAACCAGUGGAACAAAGCCGUGGAACUUGCCAGGACACACAACAUGAAGGAGAUAAAACCUCUUCUUUCCAAGUAUGCAUCACAUCUCCUUGAGAAGAACAACAUUUUGGAGGCGGUGGAAUUGUAUCAAAAGGCUCACCAUUUUCUUGAUGCUGCAAAACUCAUAUUUAAGAUAGCAGACGAGGAAGCCAGAAAAAGGACUCGGCCGCAGAGGGUGAAGAAGCUUUACGUGCUGGCUGCUCGACUUGUAGAAAAUCACCAUGAGCAGAAGAAGACGUCACAGCAGAGUAAAACAAAAGGGAAGAAAUCUGAGGCAACGUUUGCACUUGCUGGACUGCUGGAGGAAGACGCAACGUCCUCUGACAAUCGUGUUCUUGACAACGCGUGGCGAGGAGCGGAGGCGUAUCACUUCUUCCUGCUCGCUCAGAAGCAGCUUUAUGAAGGUUACGCAGAGAACGCCAUGCACACAGCCCUGCACCUCCGCGAGUAUGAUGACAUCAUCCCCGCAGUGGAGAUCUACUCUCUUCUGGCCAUCUGCUCAGCAGCCAGCAGGGCGUUCGGCACGUGCUCGCAGGCCUUCAUCAAGCUGGAGUCUCUGGAGAGUCUGGACCAGGAGCAGCGGCUUCUCUAUGAAGAUCUGGCCUUGGAAAUCUUUACCAAACACGCACCAAAAAACAGCCGCAAACUGGAGCGAGACGCUGCAACUGAGGGGGUGGCAGAAAAGUUACCCACCUGCAUCGUGACAGGUCUGCCCAUCCAGGACUACCACUUUUGGAUGUGCAGCGAGUGCAAGCACUGUGCUCAAAGCCAGGAGAUCAGCAAAUAUAACUACUGCCCGCUUUGUCACAGCCGUGUAGGCUGAAUAUAAUUUCUUAUAAAUUCUCUUUAUUUUUCUGUAUAUAAUUCAUUAUAUUUUUGUAAAACAUGCAUUAUAUCACAUAAACAACCAAUUCACAUUAAGCACUCACAAAAAAGGGCAUAGAGCAUUUUUUCUGCUCAAAAGGGAAUCUAUAAGCAGAUUGAACUUCCAAUAACCAGUCCUUUACUUUAAACAUUUUUUUAAUGUAAGAAGUUACUGUCAUGUCCAGUACGGCUGGUUGUUUUUUCUCCUUAUUCAUGAGCUCAUUAACUAAUGUAGCUACAAAUACAGAAGAAAACUUACUUCUUCUUCCGAAAAGGACAACAAAGGAUUUACUUUUUCCCUUAACAGUACAGUUGCUCUGUUCUUUCAACACUUGGUUGUACAUUUCAGUCAUAUUCAAUCAAUCCUUUCAGGACCUGAUGUUCAGGAUUAAUUAAAUGGUGCAUUUUGAUAAACAA